AUGGAGAAGUUCUUGCGCUCCUGGCGACAGGACGCUCUCAACCGGGGCCAGCAUGAGUCUGCGAUCUAUAUUGGGGAUAAGGUGCUUGCGCUAACAAACAGCGAUGCCGAUGCUUUUUGGCUUGCUCAAGUGCAUUUCUCCAAUAACAACUACACCAGAGCCCUAGCAUUACUGUCGCGGAAAGACCUCAUCACACGAAGUACCUCUUGUCGAUAUCUCGCUGCGCACUGCUAUAUCAAACAGAAUAAAUUCGAUCAGGCCCUGUCUAUCCUCGGAGACCACAAUCCAACCCACUUGAUCAGCACCAGCAACAGCCGGCGCAAGUUGCAACAUCUGAACGGCAGCCAUGUCACGUUACGGAAUGGGAAGAUGGCUUCGUCACGAUCGGAUCGCAUCGAUAGGAGUGAAGAGCGGGAGCGGGAGGAUGCGAACAACAUACGUUUCGAAGCGGCCAUGUGCUAUCUCCGGGGCUUGUGCUAUGCAAAACAGAAUGCGUUCGAUCGAGCACGGGACUGCUACAAAGAUGCAGUCCGCAUCGACGUCCAGUGCUUCGAGGCUUUUGACCAGCUCAUGAAGAACUCCCUGAUGUCCCCGGCUGAAGAGUUGGACUUCCUGGAAUCGUUGGACUUCGAUUCCAUCGCAGCAGAUCCAUCUGUGGCGCAGGAAGCGGCCCAUUUCACCAAGAUGCUCUAUACGACGAGGCUCUCAAAAUACUCAUCUCCUUCGACCCUGUCAGAUGCCACCGAAACCCUUUCAACACACUACAAUCUCGCGGAGAAUCCCGAUAUUCUCCUGUCUCGUGCAGAGGCUCUCUACACACAAUGUCGAUUCGUGGAAGCUCUUGAGCUCACCUCAUCGAUUCUAUCGUCAUCCGACUCGUCCGUAUUAGCUUCGCAAAGCAACCACGGCCAGAACCUGGGACAUUCCCCCUCAGUGUACCCCCUCCAUCUCGCGUGUCUCUACGAAACCGGGGCGACGAACUCGUUGUUCCUUCUGGCCCAUACUCUCGCAGACAAUGCGCCGGAGGAAUCCUACAGUUAUCUAGCUAUCGGGACAUAUUACCUGUCUGUCUCAAAGAUUGCAGAAGCACGACGGUUCUUCUCUAAAGCUUCGUUACUGGACCCUCAUUCCGCCCCUGCCUGGAUCGGUUUCGCCCAUACAUUCGCCGCCGAAGGGGAACACGACCAAGCAAUUGCUGCAUAUAGCACAGCAGCUCGGCUUUUUCAGGGUAGUCACUUACCCCAGUUGUUCUUGGGAAUGCAGCACCUGGCCUUGAAUAACAUGUCUCUGGCCCAUGAAUACCUGUGUGCCGCCUACGCGAUGUCGUCUGGCUCGCCUUCUGGCACUCUCCCGGUACCUACUGACCCUUCAAAGGGGUUACCGCCACUUGGCGGCGAUCCGCUAGUGCUGAAUGAGCUGGGUGUUGUCUUGUAUCACCAGAAUCAUCUUGAAGCGGCCGUGGAACUGUUCCGUCAGUCUCUUGCCCUCGCCGCAUCCCUACAGUGUGACCCCGGGGCUUGGGUGGCGACACGAGCGAAUUUAGGGCACGCCCUACGUCGACUGGGCCAUUUCGACGCUUCCCUGUUGGAAUUCGAUGAGUGCCUCCGUGUCAGCGCUGGUGGUGCUGGGUCUGGAUACGGAACUACCAUUGGCGGUGGUAGCGGUGUGGUUGCUACAUCAUCUGGAGUAGGUGGCUAUGAGGACCGGGGAUUAAUUGGAUCACUGCAUACGUCUAGAGGCCUCGUCCUCCUUGAACUAGGUCGGACCAUGGAUGCUGUGACCGCGCUUCAUGAAGCCGUCCGCGUGUUGGGGGCAAGCGGCGGUGAUGCAGCCGGCGGCGCAGGAGUUGCCGGUACGCUGCUUUCCCGUGCGCUGGAAAUCUGGGCUCUCGAAGAGCACGAGAAGCCAGAAAUGAUUGAGAGGUCAACAAGUGGAAAAGGUAAAGGCAAGAGUGCCGUCCGCACUCGUGAAAGAGGUCUCGACAGAGGCCCUGAGACGUCUAGACGCAGACGAAUGGAGACUCAAUAUGCUGGGGAGGAAUGGACAGAUGACGUGCUUGAUGCGGAGGCCAGAGUUCCAGGGAAAUCUAAUACCCUCGAAGAGAAAGUGGAAAUGGAGCUGGAUGAAGAAGCGGACGGUCUACUUGAUCGAGCACUUACUCGAAUACGGCCUCUUCGUGCAACGAGACGACACGACGCUGGCCAAGCACUGGAACUCGAGUCACUGGAGGAUCCUCCUGGGAGUCGCAGCCGAGGCAGUCGACGAAGUCCUACACGGCGCGUCCAAACCCGCGGACGCCAUGGAGAUGUGCGGUGGCAGUGA